CCUCCACUUUAAAAUGGCAAUGCUAAGACCCUUCUCUACAUCAUAAUCAACUAUUAUUUUCACUACGUACAAAUAUUUCUUUCACAAUACAUGGGUUUGAGAAGGCUUCCUCUUUUGGUUUGUGUUUUGAUUAUAGUUUCAUGGACAAAGGCAAAGAGCGGCAGGCAAGGCCCCCUCUCCCCCAAUGGUAUAUCCUUUCAACAACUGCUACAAGUUGAAGGUUGGAGACGGGAACCAGUUCUUUGCACCCAUGAUGAAGACUGCAAGGAUUACUGCAAAGGGUUAUAUCGUUGCAUCAAAGGCUGUUGCAAUUGCUUUGAUGAAAUGCAAGUUCAACAACAACAGCAACAGCAACAGCAACAUGUUAAUGAAGCCUUCUCUGUUUCAUCUUGUUCUAGAGGCAAUGGCCCAAAUAAUAUGCAUUAAGCAUGCCAAAUUGUUUAUUAUAUAUCAAGUGAAAUAAAUUUGCUUUAUAGUAA